AAUGUUCUAGGAGCACUGUCAACUGGCAAUCUGUAAAAUUUUACUAGAUUUCGUAGUUGUCAUGUAAAUGUGAUACGGUCAAGUUGUAUUAAAAGUUUUAUAAUUAAAAAGAAAACUCAAAAUGUCUUUAUUUUUCGAUAAUAUGUGGAUUUACCAGUUGAGGGAUUGGAUAAGCUCUCCUUUGGGUAUUGUGGUGUUGUCCUGCAUUUUGGGAUAUAUUGCCUAUAUUCACGCACGACGGGAGCAUCCGACCUAUGAUGAUGAGGACUACGAGAAGGAGGGACAUGUCAUGUUGCCAGCUCCACUGCGAAACCUGAAGCUGACUAGAGAAGAGCUGAAGACUUACGAUUCGCAGAAUCCCAAUGGAAGAUAUUUGGUGUGUUUGCAGAACAAGAUAUACGAUGUGUCCUGUUCCCCAGAGGACUUUGGGCCCAAUGGCUGCCAUAAGGAAUUGACAGGCACCGAUAUCAUGUGGUACAUCAAAAAGACAUUACGCUAUGAGCCACGUACUUUCGAUGAAUAUGUCGAAGAAUUUGAGAAAAGACUCGAGGAUCGUUUCUUUGUAGCGGGUGUGCUGUUAGAAGACAAACAGCAAAAGAAGGAGGAGGAGAAGGAGAAGGAAAAGGAGAAGGAGACUCCAGCUGGAGAUGCUCGUUCAGCAAACUCCUCAGACUCUGGUUGGGAUACAGUCAACGAAUCCAGCAUUGAGGCUGACUUCGAAGAGGUCCAAAGUGAGGAGGACAGAGAUGAGGAGCAAAUAACGAAAGUUGAGGACCUUGAAGAGACGCUCAUGUGGACAAAGGCAGAUAAGCCAAUAUUGGUUGAAUAGAGCUGUCCUUAAUCGAUUAAUUAUGCCUGAUGUGGGACUAUCCCAUCUUGACCAGGACAGCACUUAGCCUAUAAUUUGAACCACACUAAAUAAUACAGACACAUAAAUAAAUAGCUCUGUUCGGAUUUAA